AUGUCCCCGUCCCCGAAAAAAAGUCCGCUAUUUGGAGAAGAUGAAUCUGAAGAAUGUAUAGUUGAUACAGAGUGUUUAACUGGAAUAACGAUUAAAAAAUCAAAAAUACAUAAUGGCUCAAGAGAUAUUCAAAAUAACAGCAGUUUAGAGUUGGCAAUGAUAGACUCAGACUUUGGUAGUUGUAGUGUUGAGAUACCUAAAGAUCAAUUCAAUAUUUUACUAGAUUUUGAACUGCAAGCCAAGGAAAAAUCUGUUGAUGAUGAAGCAUUUGAAUAUGUUGUUGGUUAUGUGGCAAAAAGAUUCAUUGGAAAAUAUCCACAAUUAGGAGAAAUUGCAACACCUCUUACUAACAAUGAACUUAGUUGCAGUUGGACAGAGUAUAAAUCAAUGGGAAAUCUAGUUAAGCCAACAAAAUUGUAA